CCGAGGUUGUCCUUUACAUGGAGUACUUGUGGAGUCAUGUUAGAAAUGCGAGGGAAGCCUUUUGACGUGGCCUAAAUCGCGCAACUUGUAUAUUUUUGUUGCAAAUCAAACAACAGAAAUGUCUGACACAUUUUUUGGCUUUGACACCUCAUUGCCUGCAUUUGAGACUGCUGAGCUAGAAGAUGGAAUUGGGAUUGUCAACAAAAAUGUUGAUGAGAAAAAUGAUGAAACAUUUGGGGCUGAUGCCAUAGUUCCCAGUCCAAUAAGGGACAGUAAUGAUGGAAAUGAUUCUUCAAAACGGCGUGUAGGGGGCAUGUCAAUUAAAGAAAUAUUGACUCAAGAAUAUAAGAAAUCAAAGGAAAAAGUUAGUUUGGAAGAAGAACUGGAAGAAGAGGAAAUAAUUGAAAAUAGUAUUUCGCAACUUGGAUUAGAUGAUGAUGUUGAUGACAAAGAAAGCAAUUCGAAUGUUCAGUUUGAUGACAGUAAUGCUGGUUGGGUUAUACCUCCUCAAGGAACUCCAGAAAGAGCAUCACUUGAAACUUCAAAUCUUAUCCAAGAAAUGCUUUCACCUGACAGAAGAAGUAUUUGGUCAUCUCCUGAUAGAUCAAGUGACCAAAACUCCCCUUUGCGAAACUCUAAACAACCGGAAUUAUUGAAGCAGCUGUUUAGCUCAGCAAGUCAGAAGAAUGUGCCUGAAAAUCGGCCUGAUGGUAAAAAUAGUCAUUCAGUGGAGGCAAUCAAAGCUGAAGAACUAGAGAAAGAUCUCACAAAUGAAAAAGUGAAUUAUCAAGGCCCUUCAACACCAGUGAUAAUCGAAAGGAGAAUGCCAAGAACACCAGCUCCACCCCCUGGUUUUCCAUUUCCGUUAGGCACACCACCUUCUGGCAUUCCAUGGAUGACCCCACCAGGAGUUCUGCCAGUUCCUCCUAUGAUGCUGCCAGGCCAAAUGCAGCAAAUGCUAGCUGCUUCGCCGUAUAUGGCCAUGCUCAGGGGUAUGUCACCAAUGCAAGGUAUGCCAAUGGGGAAACAACAUUUUCCAAGAUUUAUGGAUAACUCGGCGAAUAGAGGUAGAUACAACAGGGAUCAGAGGCCAAGACGAAUGGAACCAGGCAGUGGUAUGCGUUACCAGCCAAGGUAUCAGAGAAGGUAUGAGCAUUCGCCUAGCAGUUAUGAACACCAGGAUGACGAUGUGGUAAAACUCCCUGCUUCUGAACUGAUGACUUCAAGGGAGAAGAAAUGGCUUGUUAAGAUUCAGUUGAUGAUACUCAUAUCAGAUGACGUAGAAAACAAAGAUUACUACUAUGUUAAUUAUAUGAACAAAAAAGCUGCAGAAAUGGAAACAGAAAUUGACAACGAAGAAAAGUUAAAAAAGGAGACUGAAAAGGAUAAUUUCAAUAAAUUACUCGAUAUUGUUGAACAGAAAAAGGAGGAAAGAAAAUAUCGACCUGCUGUCUUCGAGGGAUCUUUAGGUAAGCUUUCUGUUUCAACGGUGUAUCACCCACGACAAAUCGUUGAUGUGCAGUCCAAGGAAACGGAUGAUGAAGACAAUACGAAAUCAAGAACUUCUGAAGGAAUGAAGCGACGAUUUAACAUAUACGGCAGCAUUGAAAAAGCCUAUGGUAUUGUGUUAGACAUAGAAGAUAUAGACCGCAGACUUUUGGAUGUUCCUGAUAUUGAGAGUAACGAGCUUGUUCCGGAAAGAGCUUUGAAAGUGGAGGUUCUUUUUAACACAUUGAAAUUGUCUCUGGAUGACUGGCAGAAGGGAUCUGUGAAUGACUUAUUUCUACAAUUAAUGUGCAUCCCAAAGGGAAAAAGAUUGUUUUUUCGAUCGCUGAAGUACUUUAAUAAGGAACAAGAAGAUAGUGCAAUUCUAUCUGUUAUAAGUAAUUUGCAACUUUUGACGAAAAAGGAUUCACAUGACAAGAUUCUGCUACCGCUUAUAAACAUAGUCUCUGGAAAACUGCCCAGUAUAAAAGAGUCGUUUUUAUCAAAAGUUGUUACAGCUUUACUUGCUAACAACCUUUCUCAACUUUUUCUCUUUUCAUUUGGGAUAAAUUUUGUAUCAAGUCUGUUUGAGCACGUGAAGCAGUUAUUUGUGACGGAACAGAGUUCAAUUUCUGCGGACGUCAAGUCGCAAUGCCAACAUCUUCGCGAUGAAGUAUCCACAGCUGUUGAUCAGAUUGCACCAAAAAGCCUUGAAAGACAUUCAGCAGAGAUCGAUCGACUGACUGCCUCUUUGCAAAUGACGUCAGUGAUUCCACAACCACAUGGUGUCGAAGAAUAACCAUCGCAGAUGGGUGCUAUUCUAUUGAAGCUUUGGGCUCUUUGCUUCAAGAAGCAAAUUGAAUUCUUUGGACAGUUGCGUUCUUAUUUUUCUAUAAUUCUAAAUUGCAUUGUUUAUGAAUUCAACCGUAUUGUAAAUGCAUGUUGCUUUGAUCAUUAAUUUACAUGCUUUAAUGUUUUUCCACUAAUCUUUUAAUACGCCCCACCUAUAGAUAAGCCUAACUCAAUGAACCUCCUCACAUCUUUGUGUAUCUGAAGGAGCCUUUUUAUCAACUUCUGAGGUUGCAAAGUUUCUGAGAGCAAUGAUUUGUUAACAGCAGCUAUGCAAACCCUAAAUGCUAAGUUUCCCUUACGAUAUAAACAUCCAGUUUUGAGUAUACCCUGCCCUUAUAAAAUGUGAGCCACAAUUAUUUCAGAAACAACUUUUUGUGACCAAGAGACUACGAAUCGUUUGGUCUUUUGGAAUUCCACGUUAGGAAUGAAGAAUCACGAGUGCAGCAUUGUAGAUCUGGUAAUAGUCCUUAGGAGUCGAAUAUGAACGCUAUCAAUUGUUGUCACUCUCACUGCUCACAGCCCGAUAACUCUUCCAUUUAUUUUUUCGAGUUAUCCUUAUACCUCUAUACCUGAUUUACAGUCUAAGCUAUAAUCACGUACCUGUAACUAAGUAGAUGCACGCUUUUAGCCGUCAAAUAGUCCCUAUACCCCAAAAUACUAUUAUUUCUAAUAUAUGCCCCCCAUUCUCUUUAAGAAAUCCACACCUGUCAAUAUUUCCCCACGCAUGAAAAUUUCGGGCUUUCUACUCCUUUUACUCCGUAAUUAUAAUUGUACUCUGAUUGCAUAUUUAGAUUUCUGUAGACAUUUUAAAGAAUAAGAACCGGUUGCUAUCGCACAAAACUAAGCAACUUACCAUGCACAUAUCAAGUAAGAUUAAAAAUUGGAACACAAUGAGUAUGCCUAAGUUAAAUGGGACAUGUACAUGUUGUUGAGCGACUAACCACGAACAAAUACCCUUUUUUAAUUGCUAGUUUAUAACAUCUUUUGUGUUAUAUAUUAAGAUGCAGAUCUUUUACGUAAUUAUAUUCGUUUUCAAGCAACUCCUGUUGAAUAAUUUGGGUGAUAUUAGUUAGGCCCAAAACAAGGGUGCUAUUUAAUAUGCCCUUGCAUAUCAGGUAGAGAAUCGCAUCGAUUUGUGUAUCACCAGGAGUGACGUUGUGUAUUUCUUAAGAACAUAUCUCCGCCUAACGCUUUUUUGUACUCCGUAAAUUUGUCUCUUUUCUCUUGUUAAUUUCUAACUCAAUUGUUAUGGAUAAAAACAGAUUACCAUCUUUAAGGGGCUUCUUCAACAAAGAAAGCUACAACCCUCACAGGAUUAUCAGACGUUAAUGCUACGCUCUCAAUUCGUAGUGCCCGCGGAUGGCCGACGGUGCGGCGGUUACGUCGUUCGUUUCAGCACAUAGAAUGUUAAGGCGCUCUUGUGUAUAGAAAAGGGCGGAUAUAUUGCUUAGUGAUCGCACUAAGCGGGAAACUGUGAGUCGCAACUUAGAACCGCUCUGUUCUAUCCACUAAAAGGUGUACAGCUCUGUCUACACGGCAUCAAACACUAUAUAACAGAGCGACGAGGUAAUGAUUCUUAUAACUACUUGUUGUAUUUAAACUAUCAGAUAGGUUAAAGUUCAAGGGGGGUAAUGGAUUUUACCCACCAUUAGGCUAAUGCAUCUGUUAUUCUUAAGGUAUAUGGUUGAGUAUUUCAAUCGCGGCAUGAGAAGAUGGCAAAGUUUGAGAGAUUAGGUGCUUGGUAAUUAUCCCCCUCCACUUCCAUUAAUCCUUUAAAUUGAUAAAUGCACUAGGUAGGGAUGACCUUUUUGUAUUCUUUGCCUGGGAAAAUUUAGACCUGGUGUGGUGUACAGCGAACUAUGCUAAAAAGGCGUUGUCUCAAGGUUCCACCCUAAAUCAUUCCCAUUAUAAUCCCUCUCCACAGGAGCUGAUGCCUUCAGUGAAUCUAAUACUUUGCGACGUAGAAAAAACUGAAUGAGCCGACUUCGUGAAUGUGAAUCACUGUGAAACACCACUCACGUGGCUUACCAUUGAAUACAAGUGAAAAGUAAGUUAAUAAGAUACCCUAAUGAGGAUUACCCUAAGUAAUGGAUAUAUUUAAACUGUUAAUGCAGUGGCUAGAUUGUUUGGUUUGUAGUAUUGGCACUCGCUGAAAUGUACCAACCUCAAGCAGCCACUUGCAUCUGAUUCCAGCAAUGAAUAUGGAAAUCGGAUAACAAGUUGAGUAUAACCGAUAAUGGCAAUUGAUAUGAUAUCACAGUCUAAUCUUUUUAAUAUACUAGUGUUUUUUAAGUCUUUAAGACUCUUUUCAUCAUCUGGUCUUUCUUCAAUGGUACAACAUUUUUCUCUAGAAUAACUAAGGAGACUUUAUAAAUGAAAGACGUCAUCUUCUUCAAUGGUCAAACACGGUAUCAUCAGCAGAAUGCUUUCGUGGUUGCGUGGGUAAAACUAAAUAUUUAACAGUACCAUAAGAACAAGGCAUGUCGAAAGUUUGCCAGGUUAAUAGGAGCAGACUUUGACUGAAGGGCGUAAAGGUUGUAGGCGGUGGAAGGAAGCCAAGAAAAAAUGAGGGUUUGGGGUAAUGCCCAGAGUAUUUUUGCUACCACAUCCUACAGCUUGGCCUAAAACAACAUCAAACUAUAUUCAUUGUAUGUGGAAUUUUGUACCAAGGUGAAUAUUUUAGAAUCUCAAAAGCACAUUUUUGUUCAUGUGGAUACCUUGUUUAAUUCGCUAAGGGUGAUGUUUAGUUUCCCCAUAGACAUUUAGACCUUGAAUGUUGUUACCACCGAUAAACAGUUACAAUUUAAAUGCCCACUACAGCGGAGAUUGCCCAAGUCCAGUAAAAAUUGAGCCUUUUCGUAACACAGGGUUUUCGUCAAGUACUAAUGUCAUGGUGUGUAGAGCUCUGACAGACAUUGGCAGACGUAUAAAUUAUAUAAAACCUAUGUGGGGGAUAAUUAUGCAGCACUCGCUAGUCGGCAGACUAAUUGCUCUAGGGCUUUUAAAGCACUUUCUACCCCCUGUUGCCCCCUCUGGUCAAAAGCACAGGGGUAGCUGCCUCUUCUGCUUCCU